AUGGUAAAUAAUAAAGAAACUAGUAUCGAGUUCAGAGAACUUAUUAUAAAAUAUCAUUUAGAAGGUUUUUCUUUAAACGAAAUAGCUAAAAUUAUUAAAAGAAGUAAAUCCACGGUUCAAUACAUAGUUCAGAAUUUUAAAAAAACUGGUUCAGUCAAUUAUAAUAAAAAGUCAGGCGGGCCUAGAAAGUUAAACGAACGAGAAGAGAGACAUAUUUUACAUGAAAUUAAAAAAAAUCCUAAAAUGAGUGGUACCACAAUAGCAAAAAGAGUUUCCCAAACCUACAAAAAAGAUGUUUCAAAUCGUACCAUUCAAAGAUUGCUAAACAGAAAUGGUUUUCAUGCCUAUACACCAAGAAAAAAACCUCUUAUAUCUGAUAACAAUAAGAAAAAAAGAUUAGAAUUUGCCAAAAGCCAUAAUAAUUCUGACUUGGCUUAUUGA